UAAAGCUGCCCCCGGGUGUUGUAGACGUUGCAUUUUACCUCCAUGACCCGCUUAAGUCUUCAUUUUUUGUCUCCAGUGAUCAACGAGGGCCAGCCACUGAUCUUCAUGCAUGGUGAUUUCCGGCUCUGCGGGUGAUCCUCAGUCACCAUGAAAGACUAGGAAAAGGAACUCGGCUCUCCAAGGGAAAUGGCUUGUCUUGUAAUAUCCCUGCCCUACUACCUGGCAUAUGACUCCAGCUGCCUCUGAAGGGCCUGUCAGCUGUUUAUGGGAACUACCACUUGGUUCACACUCUUGAGGAUUUAAGUUUUUCCUGGACCCCUCCUCUCCUCCCCCGAUUUUUACCCCCACGCUAUUGAGCCAAAGCAUCAACGCUUUGCAAUAGAGUGGGGAGCUGCUGAGACAAUGGCAAACAACUCGUACAGUGGGGUUAAGAACUCCAUCGUGGAGGCCAACCAUGAUGGAGAGUUUGGCUGCACGCUCAAAGACCUGCGCUCUCUUAUGGAACUGAGAGGCGCAGAGGCGCUUAACAAAAUUGGGGAAUCUUUUGGGGAUACUCAAGGACUCUGCAGCCGAUUAAAAUCGUCACCUAUAGAUGGUCUAAGUGGGCAGCCUGCAGACAUCGAGAAGCGGAAAACAGUGUUUGGGCAGAAUUUUAUACCACCCAAAAAGCCCAAAACCUUCUUACAAUUAGUGUGGGAGGCACUACAGGAUGUCACACUGAUUAUCCUAGAAGUGGCAGCCAUAGUUUCACUAGGCCUUUCUUUUUAUAAACCUCCAGAUGCCAAAAGAGAAAACUGUGGAAGGGCCGCUGGAGGUGUAGAGGAUGAAAAUGAAGCAGAGGCAGGUUGGAUCGAGGGUGCUGCGAUUCUUCUCUCGGUAAUCUGUGUGGUGCUGGUGACGGCGUUCAACGACUGGAGUAAAGAGAAACAGUUUAGGGGCCUCCAGAGCCGCAUUGAGCAAGAGCAGAAAUUCACUGUCGUACGCGGCGGACAAGUCAUCCAGAUUCCUGUGGCUGAGAUCGUGGUCGGCGACAUUGCACAAGUAAAAUAUGGUGAUCUUUUGCCUGCUGACGGAGUUUUACUCCAAGGCAACGACCUGAAGAUUGAUGAGAGCUCGCUCACGGGAGAGUCGGACCACGUCAAGAAAACGCACGAGAAAGAUCCAAUGCUGUUAUCAGGCACUCAUGUAAUGGAAGGCUCAGGGAAAAUGGUGGUCACCGCUGUGGGUGUCAACUCUCAAACUGGAAUUAUCUUCACUUUACUUGGGAGUGCCGAGGACGAUGACGAAGAUGAGGAGGAAAAGAAAAAGGAGAAGGAGGAGAAGAAGAAACAGAGAAAAAACAAAAAGCAGGAUGGAUCUGUAGAAAAUCGUAAGAAGGCUAAAGCACAGGACGGCGCGGCGAUGGAAAUGCAGCCCCUGAACAGUGACGAGGGAGGUGACGCAGAGGAGAAGAAGAAAUCCCACCUGCCAAAGAAAGAGAAGUCCGUUCUCCAGGGCAAACUGACCAAACUAGCUGUACAGAUUGGCAAAGCUGGACUGGUUAUGUCAGCCAUCACUGUUAUUAUCCUGGUGGUGCUGUUUGUCGUGGACACCUUCUGGAUCCAGAAUCUGCCCUGGGAGAAGGACUGCACCCCCAUUUACAUUCAGUUCUUUGUGAAAUUCUUCAUCAUCGGUGUCACUGUCCUGGUGGUGGCUGUGCCUGAAGGCCUACCUCUUGCUGUAACAAUUUCCCUGGCGUAUUCUGUAAAGAAAAUGAUGAAAGACAACAACCUUGUGCGUCACUUGGACGCCUGCGAGACAAUGGGUAAUGCCACCGCCAUCUGCUCUGACAAGACUGGUACACUCACAAUGAACCGCAUGACUGUGGUGCAGGCCUUCGUCUCUGAGAAGUUCUACAAGAAAGUCCCUGAACCAGAAAACAUCACGCCUUCCAUUUUAGAUAUACUGGUUCUGGGUAUUGCAGUCAACUGCGCCUAUACCACCAAGAUAUUGCCUCCAGAGAAAGAGGGGGGGCUGCCACGGCAGGUGGGCAACAAGACCGAAUGUGCCUUGCUUGGCUUUUCUAAGGACCUGAAGCGUGACUACCAGACUAUCCGCAAUGAGAUCCCCGAAGAGAAACUGUACAAAGUCUACACCUUUAACUCGGUCCGCAAAUCGAUGAGCACUGUGCUGAAGUUGGCUGACGGCAGCUACCGCAUGUUCAGCAAAGGAGCCUCAGAAAUUCUCUUAAAAAAGUGCUAUAAAAUCCUAACAGCAAAUGGGGAGUCCAAGGUGUUUCGCCCACGGGACAGAGAUGACAUGGUAAAGAAAGUGAUUGAGCCCAUGGCCUCGGAAGGUCUGAGGACAAUCUGCCUUGCAUACAGAGAUUUCCCGGUUUCGGAGGGUGAGCCUGACUGGGACAAUGAAAACGACAUCCUUAGCGGACUGACCUGCCUCUGCGUGGUUGGCAUUGAAGACCCUGUGAGACCUGAGGUCCCAGACGCCAUCAGGAAAUGCCAGCGUGCUGGCAUCACAGUGCGAAUGGUGACUGGGGACAACAUUAACACGGCUCGAGCUAUUGCUACCAAGUGUGGCAUCCUACUGCCCGGAGACGACUUCAUCUGCCUGGAGGGCAAAGAUUUCAACCGAAGGAUACGCAACGAGAAAGGAGAGAUCGAGCAAGAACGCAUUGACAAGAUCUGGCCCAAACUACGAGUACUGGCUCGCUCGUCCCCCACCGACAAACACACCUUAGUGAAAGGUAUUAUAGACAGCACAGUAUUGGAACGGAGACAAGUAGUGGCAGUGACAGGAGAUGGUACCAAUGAUGGUCCUGCCUUGAAGAAAGCUGAUGUUGGCUUUGCCAUGGGUAUUGCUGGCACCGAUGUAGCCAAGGAGGCGUCUGACAUCAUUCUGACCGACGACAACUUCUCCAGCAUCGUGCGAGCUGUCAUGUGGGGACGCAACGUCUACGACAGCAUCUCCAAGUUCCUCCAGUUUCAGCUAACUGUCAACGUGGUGGCCGUUAUCGUAGCAUUCACCGGAGCCUGCAUCACACAGGACUCUCCACUGAAGGCAGUACAGAUGUUGUGGGUCAACCUCAUCAUGGACACCUUUGCCUCUCUGGCUCUGGCCACGGAGCCCCCCACAGAAUCUCUGCUGCUAAGGAAGCCAUAUGGCCGCAACAAGCCUCUAAUCUCCCGCACUAUGAUGAAGAACAUCCUUGGCCAGGGCGUGUACCAACUCAUCAUCAUUUUCACUCUGCUCUUUGCCGGUGAGAAAGUGUUUGACAUCGACAGCGGCAGGAACGUGCCCCUCCACGCCCCGCCCUCCGAGCACUACACUAUCGUCUUCAAUACCUUUGUGAUGAUGCAGCUCUUCAACGAGAUCAAUGCGCGCAAGAUUCACGGCGAACGGAACGUCUUCGAGGGCAUCUUCAACAACCUUAUCUUCUGCAGUAUCGUCUUCGGUACCUUCAUCAUUCAGAUUGUCAUAGUGCAGUUUGGAGGGAAGCCAUUCAGCUGUGUGGCUCUGUCCAUCGACCAGUGGCUGUGGUGCACCUUCUUAGGCUUUGGCUCUCUACUAUGGGGACAGGUAAUCUCUUCGAUACCCACCAGCCGCUUAAAAUUCUUGAAAACGGCGGGUCACGGCACCCAGAAGGAGGAGAUCCCGGACGAGGAGCUGGAUGAGCUGGAGGACAUGGAAGAGAUCGACCACGCUGAGCGGGAGCUUCGCCGCGGCCAGAUCCUCUGGUUCCGAGGCCUCAAUCGCAUCCAGACUCAGAUGGAUGUAGUCAGUGCGUUCCAGAGUGGAACUUCCUUUCAGGGGGCUCUCAGGCGGCAGGCCUCCAACUCCAGCCAACAACAGCACGAUAUCCGGGUGGUGAAUGCAUUCCGCAGCUCCAUCUCCCUCUAUGAGGGGCUGGAGAAGCCCGAGUCGCGAACAUCCAUCCACAACUUCAUGACCCACCCCGAAUUCCGGAUAGAGGACUCCGAGCCCCAUAUUCCCCUCAUAGACGACACGGACGCGGAAGACGACGCUCCCACCAAGCGCAACUCCGCCAGCCCCUGCAACGCCUCGCCUACGCCGCCCUCGCCCUCGCCCUCACCCUCACCCACGCCCGCCGCCGCACCCACCACGCCGGUCUCGCCCUCCCCGAACCAGAACAAUAACGCUGUGGAGAGCAGCAACCACCUUCUCCUGGAGGGCCCCAAAUCAGGAACCCCGUCGGCUCCGGCGAGCCCGCUACACAGCCUGGAGACGUCCCUUUGAUCUGACCCCACCCCCUCCCUGCUCUGCACGCGUCGCCACCACCACUUUUCUACCCACCACCACCACCAAGGAGCUCCACUCAGACAAGACGAAGGAACAUUCAGAGAGGAGACGAAGGGCUAGAAGGAGGAGCGGAGCCUCGUGUGAGCUUUGGCUUGGGCUGGACUAAGAACAGCGGACAUUCAGAGGAAUGUACGGCUUGGUGUGGAUGCUUUGAUCUUCUUUUCUUUUUUUUGGUUCUAAGUAAUACCCCGCAACAACACAAGGACUCCACCCCUCCCUCCUUGAUAACUUUUAUUUUUCUCGGUAAACAUCACCCGGGGGGGGUGAUUAUAAACUCGGAUUGAAAGUGACCUGUUUUGUUUUUUUUCUUAUUCUAUUAUUAUUAUUAUUAUUAACAUUAUUAUUAUUAUUUUAAAUUGAGAUGGUGGAGCUCGUCCUCCUCUGGCUUGAAGAUCGUCUGUAAGAAAUUUGAAAAGAACCUUUUUAGCUUCUCUUUUAUCUGAAUGGUGUUGUAUAUUUAUCUCUUUGGCCCUUUUGCUCAUUCAAAAAUGUAUUUCUGCUCCAUUGGCUGUUAAUAUUUUGAGUUAUUUAUGUUUUUUGGAAAAAAAGCAGGUCUGUUUACAAAGUUUGUAGAUACUUUUUUUUUUUUUUUUUUCUGUUUGUAGGCAAAAGAGCUUCCUGAUGAUGUAAUGACGCAGAGAACAGAGGGACAGAAGAAGAAAAAAAAAGCAAAUCGACGAGAGGAUUAUUUCAGAUACUGCUGUAUUUUCAGGAAAAAAAAGGGUGUUUCUAUUGAAACUUAACUAUUUUUGCCUGCAAGUUUUAUUUGUUAUAUAUUUGUAGAUAAAUAUAGAAACCUCUAGCCAAACUGAUAAACACUAAGGCUUGUAUAGAAAAGAGGUCCACUGGGCAAGGUGUGUUCUCACAGGAGAAAGGGGACGGUGGGGGGGGGGGAGACAAUUAGGGCCUCUGUACACUAACAUCACUAUAAAUAUUUACUACUUCCAUUUCUUGGGUAGUUUUCAUGUGCACAAAACCUUCUGGAAUUUUUUGGAUUCUCUCUUCAUUCAUUAUGUUGUGUUCGAGGAUUUCCACAUGUUGAAAGGUUCACUCGUUAAAAAAAGAAAAAAGGGAUUUUUUGAAGAAGAAAAAAACAGAACGUCAGGGCCCGUAUUUAGCAAGCAUCUCGGAACAAGCGCCUGAAAGUCGGACUAGGGAACAAAGUCUUACCUCGGAAGUCAGGACGUGGGAGGUUUAUUAAACCUCCUGUUGUUUCUUUCAGCGGCAAGUCAAAAGUUUUCCCUUUCUUUCGUGGGGAGUUUUAACAACUCCUCGUCGUCGUUGGUGUCAGUUUUUGUCAGGGGUAACAGAGGCCAAUGGCUAAAUAAAGCGCUUUACAUGUUGGCUGUAUGAGAAGCUUAAUUUCUGCACGUUGAGGCUUAAAAAGGCAUUAGAAGCAACUUUUAUUUUGAAAGUAGCGCUGUAUUAAGGGCAAUUCAAAGCUGUUUAUCUUAGAAUCGGACGUCAAACAUGGAUGUGCCUUGGAAUCUGUUAUUUUUGAUGAUGCUUGGUCCCGCCUUUUCGUCACCUUUUUUAGGGGGGGGGGGUGCACAAAAUUCCUUCAAAUUUAAAAAAAACAAAAAUAUCUUGCAGCUCAAAGUCAAACCAAAUAUUCAUUCUUAAAAGAAAUCUUGAUUUCCUCCUGCCUCUGGAUGCUUGAUAAAUAUGGUUCCUGCUCACUUUAUUUUUUAGUGUCCUCAAAGUCAAACGUCAGCCCCCUGCCAAUGUACAAAUACUGACAUUUGUUUACUCAGGCAUAGAAAAAGUAUUUAAUUUAAAAAGAAGUCCAUAAAAAAAAAACUUCAGAUUUUAUGUAUUUAGAUAAAUAUCGUCCUGGUUAAAAGAGCAAGUGAAUUAUUUUCAUAUUUCAUUCAAUCUUUAAGGGAAAAAACAAAAAAAACGUAAUCUCACGCCUCUGAGUUUUUCUUUGGCUUAGAUAUUUUUAUUUUUUUCUUCAGCCCGAUUCCAAAAGACUUCAUCAUGAAUAAAUGUUGCUGCAUUUUGAUUUGUUUGUAAGAUAUUUUUGACACCUGAUGUACUGGAACUGCUAAAGAAUUGGACAUGUGCAUUUUUUUUCAAGAAUAAAGACUAGGCAUACACUGGUA